AUGAAGCUGUUUCUCAUCGGGUUCAUUAUUUGGAUUAUUUUCACUAUAUCUCCGAGCUCUGGAUAUGGAGUCUGUGGAAACAGACCCCUGGCGGAGGAUUUCCGUGGCUCCCGCGUGGUCGGGGGGAAGGAUGCGGAGCCCGGUACCUGGCCCUGGUUAGUUAGUAUCCAGGACUUCAGCGACAAGCAGUAUGAUCAUCUAUGCGGAGGCGUCCUCCUGAAUCCUUUGUGGGUUCUGACAGCCGCCCAUUGUUUUAAGGAUCUCGGCAAUGAAUAUUAUUCCUGGAGACUCGUGUUUGGCGCCAACCGACUAUCCAACAUCGGGGGAAAGACUCAGAUCAGAACCAUCAAGGAGCUGAUUGUACACGAGAAGUACAACCCGAAAUCCCAGAGCAACGACAUCGCCUUACUCAGAUUAAACAAACCCAUCGCGUUUAAUGAGUAUAUUCAGCCGGCUUGUCUCCCCGCCAAACAAGCGAUUCUAAGCAAAAUGGACGACUGCUACGUCGCAGGCUGGGGUGUCGUCAAAGAAGGAGCGGAGGAAUCGGCGGACGUUCUCCAGGAAGCUCCGGUGAAUCUGAUCUCCACGGAGCGCUGCAACCGCCCGACCUGGUAUAACGGACGUGUGCGAGGCUACAAUCUGUGCGCGGGUUACGAACAGGGAGGCAUCGAUAGUUGCCAGGGGGACAGCGGAGGACCUCUGAUGUGCAAAAGACAAAAAGCCAAGUUCUACAUGGCGGUCGGCGUAACCAGCUGGGGCUCCGGCUGCGCCCGAAAGCAGAAACCUGGAGUUUACACCUCCACUCAGUUCUACCUCGAGUGGAUCGUUGGAAAAAUCUUCAAGGACCAGAAACCUGCAUCCAAACCUCUGGAAAUGAAGGCCAUGAAGAAGAUCUGGCCAAAGUUAGCUGAGAAAAUCAGCAAAGCUGGCAUGAAAACCCCGUGAUUCCCGAGAGCUCCAGAAAUAGAAGAUUCCAUCACAUCGGAGCCGUCUCCUUACAGGAGAGAAUUAUUACAUGUCAGCAACUUGUAGACUUGAUUGACUAGAUUAAUAAACCAAUA